AUGAUUUUGUACGAUUAUAAACGAGGGUUAACAUUUAAAGAAUCACAGGAAAAUUUACAGGCUGCUUUCGGGGAGUCUGCCCCUGCGUUAGCAACGAUUACUUAUUGGUAUCGUGAAUUUAAACGUGGGCAAGAGAGCUUGAACGAUGACCCCAGACCCGGCCGACCAUCAACUGCAGUAACUCAUGAAAACGUUAUUCGAGUAGAGUGGCUAAUCCAGGAAAAUAGAAAUAUUACACAUAGAGAGAUUCGGGCUGAACUGAAGAUCGGAUACCGGGCAGUUUCCACCAUCUUGCAUGAACACUUGAAAGUCAGGAAGGUUGCUAAGUCAGGAAUACCUCAUUCUCUCACCGAUGAGCAAAAGUCCCGACGUGUAGAUUGGUGCAAAUUUAUGCUGGAAAAAUUCGAAGGAGGAACUUCGCAAAACGUUUCCUAUAUUCUUACAUCUGACGAAUCUUGGAUCUCGUGGUACGAUCCUCUCACAAAGCAGCAAUCCACGCAAUGGGUGUUUGAAGAGGACGAGUUGCCUACGAAAGUGGUUCGCGGUCGGAGCGUGAAUAAAAAAAUGAUAGCGGCUUUUUUUCGAAGCAGUGGACCAGUUGCUGUUAUUCCGCUAGAAGAUCGUAGAACAGUUACAAUUGAAUGGUAUUGCAACGUUUGUCUGCCAUAG